CAGAAUUUCAGUUUGAUUUUGCUGGAAAUACGCGAGGGUGUGUCGAUUGUUCGUUCUUGUGUGAUUUUUCCGCAUAUACAGUUCACCGCACAAUAUUUCAAUAAAAUUCAUAAAUUUGUAGGGAAAAAUGCCAAAUUUAUCGAAAUUCAUACAAUUAAGAGGCUUGGAGAGUCAAUUAUUGAAAUGCACUUUCCGUCGCUACUCAUCCUCACCCGCCCAUGCACAAUUUCGUGAAAUACUCUCCGAUCAAAUAAAGUCGAUUAAAGAAGCUGGCACAUUUAAAUCGGAACGUAUUAUCACUUCAUCCCAGAGUACGCAAAUUACAGUCGAAGGCAGCAAUAAACAAAUUUUAAACUUUUGUGCCAACAAUUACUUGGGUUUAGCUAAUCAUCCCGAAGUGGUGAACUACUCACGGGAAAUAACUGAAAAAUAUGGUGCCGGUUUGAGUUCUGUACGUUUUAUUUGUGGCACUCAAGAUAUUCACAAGAGCUUGGAAAAGAAAUUGGCCCAGUUUCAUGGCCGUGAGGAUACCAUUCUCUAUGCUUCGUGCUUUGAUGCCAAUGCUGGUCUCUUCGAAGCCAUUCUAACUCCUGAAGAUGCUGUAUUUUCAGAUGAAUUAAAUCAUGCCUCCAUUAUCGAUGGCAUUCGUUUGUGCAAGGCCCAGAAGAAUCGCUACAGGCAUCGCGAUUUAAAUGAUUUGGAAAGUCAAUUGAAAGCAUCGAAUGCUCGCAUGAAACUGAUCGUUACCGAUGGCGUCUUCUCAAUGGACGGAAACAUCGCUCCCCUUAAAGACAUUGUUGCUUUAGCUAAACAGUACAAUGCCUUGACUUUUAUCGAUGAAUGUCAUGCUACUGGUUUCUUUGGUAAAACUGGUCGUGGUACUGAGGAAUAUUAUGACAUUAUGGGCAGUGUAGACAUUAUUAAUUCCACAUUGGGUAAAGCUUUAGGUGGUGCUGCUGGUGGUUAUACUACCGGUCCCAAGGAACUUAUUACAUUUUUGAGACAAAAAUCACGUCCAUACCUAUUCUCAAACACUUUGCCACCAUCUGUUGUGGCUACCGGUACAAAGGUUAUCGAUAUGCUGUUGUCAUCAAGUGAACUUACUGCCAAGGUUCAAACUAAUACCAAACACUUUAGAGAUGCCAUGACAAAGGCUGGUUUUACUAUCAGUGGUGAAAAUCAUCCCAUUUGUCCCGUCAUGUUGGGUGAUGCUCGUUUGGCUUCCAUAUUUGCCGAUGAAAUGCUAAAACGUGGCAUUUAUGUGAUCGGUUUCAGUUUCCCUGUCGUACCCAAGGGUAAGGCUCGCAUUCGCGUACAAAUUUCUGCUGCUCAUACUAAAGAUGAUAUAGAUCAUGCCAUUGCUGCCUUUACCGAAGUUGGAAAAUCCCUUAAAGUAAUUCAGUAAACGUAAAAUGAAACUGACUUUAAGUUACUGUGUGCAUUUAUUUUGUGUAGUUGUUGUAUAAGUAUCAAUAAAUUUUUAAAAUAUGUA